GAUAGCCAAUUUCGGAUUAGUCUUUCACGCACGGUAGACGCGAACGAACGAACGGUUUCCAUUUCGGGUGCCGUUUUUUGGUAACCGUUUGGUUGAAAAUUAUCAUCAAUCAGUUGUUGGAUUUGUUUUCGUUGCUUCCCAUCGAAAGAAUCGUUUGCAAUGAGCUUCUGCUGAUAAAUCGUCCGUUUGGCGGUGACUGUCGGUAGCUUCGCUACAAUUCAAGUGCCAUAAAUCGUCGGUGUUGUGAUUUGAGAUUCAAUCGAAAGAAGGCUACCAGAAGGUUUAGGUGAAAGGUGUGAAAUGAGUUACGCUCAGAGGAAGAAUUUCACCAUCCCGGUGGUGGACAUCGAGUCGCCGGACGCUCGGGACGAUCAGAAGUUACUGGGGAGUCCCUUCGAGAAGCUGUCUCCGAUCAUAAUUGGUGGACAUGAGAACGGCUACUCGCAGCUGCAGAACAAUAUGAAAGGUAGCCCGUUAACACCGGUCACCCCGACGACACCACUCGUUUACACCCCACGAUCGCCAUCGUUGGGUCGGAGAAGUCGAGCAUUCCGGCCGGGAACAACGCGCAAGUACCGCAAGCGGGCGAUUCUCAAGAGCGGUGAGUGCAACAUCACCACGUCCAAAGUUUCCCAGCAGCACAUACGCUUCCUGCAGGACAUCUUCACGACGCUGGUGGACGCCCAGUGGCGCUGGACGCUGAUGGUGUUCGCCUUCAGCUUCAUCGGUUCGUGGUUGUUCUUCGCGGUGAUUUGGUGGCUGAUAGCGUUCACACACGGUGAUCUGGAGGAGCUGCACCUACCGGGUAAUCAAGAUGAGGUCGGGUGGACGCCGUGUGUGUUUAACAUCAAAUCAUUCACAUCGUGCUUCCUGUUCUCGAUCGAAACCCAGCACACGAUCGGUUACGGAGUUCGCACAACGACGGAGGAAUGUCCGGAGGCGAUUUUCAUCAUGUGUUUCCAAUCGAUCUACGGUGUAAUGAUUCAAGCCUUCAUGGUGGGAAUCGUGUUUGCAAAAAUGACCCGGCCGAAGCAUCGCACCCAAACGCUGCUGUUCUCGAAGAAUGCCGUCAUUUGUCAACGCGACGGGGAGUUGUGCUUCAUGUUCAGGGUUGGUGAUAUGCGCAAGAGUCAUAUCAUAGGGGCUAGUAUCAGGGCGCAGCUGAUUCGAACCAGGACCACGAAAGAGGGCGAGGUUUUGGCACAGUAUCAAAGUGAGCUGGACGUGGGUGCGGACGGAUCUACGGGAGAUUUGUUCUUCAUCUGGCCCCAAGUUGUGGUGCACCGUAUCAACUCGGACUCGCCGCUCUACAAUAUGUCCGCGUCGGAUUUGCUGCAGGAUCGGUUUGAGAUUGUGGUCAUUUUGGAGGGAACGGUGGAAUCGACCGGUCAGUCUACGCAGGCCCGAUCGAGUUACGUUAACUCGGAGAUUUUGUGGGGACAUCGAUUCGAACCGAUGGUGUUUUACAAUAAGGAAAGCCAAGGAUAUGAAAUUAAUUACAGUAAGUUCGACGAAACGCAACAGGUUGAUACGCCGCUCUGCUCCAGCCGCGAGCUUGCGGAGUUCUACAAAAUUCAGGAUGAAUUCAGAAGCAAUGAUAAUAUUCUCGAUCACGUGUCAUCGAAAACGCUGCUGGAGAAGCGCUGGAACUUCAAGUACCGCUCCCUGAUGGACACCAUCAGUCAGUACAAUCUGGAGGACGAAACGGGUUCGCUGCGUCUCGGCCGGCAUCCCUCGAAUCGGACCUACCUGACGAUACAGGGCGUCCCGAGGAGACAGCGCUCGUAUCAGCAGCUGGAGAGCAAUCUGCGAAAUUUGUUCGACACUCCGUCGCCUUCACCGCCACCACCACCACCACCACCGGCUGUGAAGAGGUCCCCGAGUGUUACCCCACCGCCGACCAUCGAUGAGGGGGUAUGUGACAUUGAAAGUAGUACCCAACAAAAUCCGAAUGAUGCGAGGAGAGAUGCGUUUAAUAGCAGUUGAGAGAGUUUCGGAAAAUUUUACGAAGGACUCGAUCGAAAUGAUAGAUAUAUGAAACUCAAGUUAUUAGGUAAAAUAGCGUUAAGAAAUGAGGGUAUUAUUGAAGAAGCAAGUGAAAACAAAUCGAAACAAUGAUGAUAUUAGAAAUGUG